AUGGAAGCUCCUCCACCUUCAAGCGAUCCUUUCAAGUUCCUCAACAUUUCACUUAAUUCAGAUGGGUCUCUCACCAGACACCGUGAUUUCCCCAAACUACCCCCAACGGAGCACUCCAAAGACAUCCCUUUAAACGCAAACAACAAAACCUUCAUCCGACUCUUCAAGCCCCGGAAUAUUCCCCCGGGAUCUAAACUCCCGAUCCUCGUUUACUUCCACGGCGGCGGAUUUAUCCUCUACGGCGCUGCUUCCGCUCCUUUCCAUGAAUCCUGCAGCAAAAUGGCCGAUCGUCUCCAAACCAUAAUCCUCUCCGUAGAUUAUCGUCUAUCUCCAGAGCACCGUCUCCCGGCGGCGUACGAAGACGGCGUGGAAGCAAUGUUAUGGCUCCGCGAUCAAGCCCGCGGCGCAAUCAACGGCGGGGAUUGUGACACGUGGUUGAAAGACGGCGUCGAUUUCUCGAAAUGCUUCGUAAUGGGGUCGAGCUCCGGUGGGAAUAUUGUCUACAGCGUCGCGUUGCGUGUCGUGGACACUGAUCUCUCUCCGGUUAAGAUCCAAGGGCUGAUAAUAAACCAAGCUUUCUUCGGUGGCGUUGAGACGUCGGAUUCCGAGGCACGGCUAAAAGACGAUAGGAUCUGUCCGUUAACAGCGACUCACUUGCUAUGGUCGCUUUGUUUACCCGACGGUGUAGAUCGCGACCACGUGUACAGCAACCCGAUUAAGAGCAGUGGGCCCCAGGAGAAAGAGAAGAUGGCCCGUUUCCCGUCGACUCUCAUUAACGGUUACGGUGGGGAUCCGCUGGUUGAUCGGCAGAGACACGUGGCGGAGAUGCUGAAGGCACGUGGUGUGCACGUGGAGACGAGGUUUGAUAAAGAUGGGUUUCAUGCGUGCGAGUUGUUUGAUGAGAACAAAGCUAAGGCCUUAUACGACACCGUUGAGACCUUCAUGAAGGCUUGUUCAUCAACUGCUCCAUCGUCCAACAUGUAG